CCUAACCAAUAACUACAUUUCUCUCUCAAGCCUCAACACCUUGCCCGCCCCUUCCCAUUCCUCUUCCCCUUCCCUGUUCUCUCUGUGAGGCUGUCAGGCGUUAUCCGCUUGUCCCUCUAGUCCAGCCGCGGGCCUGACGCCGAUCGUCCCUCUGCGCUUCACGCUGUCAACAUCGUGUUCGUGGUUGCCGUCUUCACUCACCUCCGCCGAUCCCUCUGGUCCCACUUGCUACGUCCGCUAGUCCAGUCUUUUCGCCGUCCGGUGCUGCUCCUUGCAGCUGGUCCUCGUCCUCAGUCACGCUGCUACUCGCUACUCUCGUUCAAGUUCUCAGUCACUGCAGGUUGCUUAAAUAUGCCCAAAAAGAAUUCUUCAAAGGUAACUUUGCAAGCAGAAGAAUGUACUGUGGUAGAGCCGCAAAAACCCAGUUCAACUCCGAAGAAACCCAAAUCCAGCAAUGAGAUCGAUGAAAUUUUCUCUGGGAAGAAGAGGAAAAAUCCUGAAAAACAAAAGAAUGAUGAGGCAAAAGAAACUGAAACUAAUAAACCAAAAUCGUUGAAGAAGAAAAAGAAGAAGUCUAAAGAAGGUAAAGAGGAAAGGCUUAGAGACCAGAAAUCUAAAGAAGGUAAAAAGGAAAGGCUUACGGACCCACCUUCUAAACAUCGAAAGAGAACUGAGGAUGGGCUCAAUAUCUAUACUGAAGAGGAAUUGGGUAUUAGUUCCUCCAAUGCUGGUGGUACACCACUUUGCCCAUUUGAUUGUGAGUGUUGCUUUUGAUUAUUUUCAUCAAUGGAGAAACUGCCUGGUUAAUGGACUACCUAGAUUUCAAUACAAGCUUUUGAUUCUCAUUUUGAUUAUGGCAUUCUGGUUUGUUCUUUUCAA